AUGCGUUUCUCCGAUCUCAGCCUUGCAGUUCUCUCGUGCGCGAGCACGACUCUCGCUGCGAAGAACACCACAAAGCAGCCGUAUUCGACGUGGAUGGCCACCUCGUUCCUAUCAAAAAACUUCGUCAUCCGCCAGACUUAUGUUCCCGCUGUCACACUUGAGGGCAUCCAGAAGGCGGCUGCUGCCAACAGCGACGAGGAUCUGCUCGAAUACGCCCGUAGCUCUGUGUCGUCUCUUGUCUCUGAAAAUGGCACCGUAACUGGGUACAAUGACACUUACUACACUCUCGACGAUAUCCGACUGGGCAACAACGUUCUCCACUGGUGGAACGAGGGCGGCCGCAAAGAGUCCAAGUACGAGAUCGCUGCCCACAGGUACAGGGAUCAGCUGAACCGCUGGCCCCGCACACCCGAGGGCGGGUUCUGGCACCGCGCUCCCACCUACGCCAACCAGAUGUGGCUGGACGGUAUUUACAUGGCCGACACGUUCUACGCCACCUAUACCUCGUACUUCGACAACGACAACAUCACUGCGUGGAAGGACAUUGAGCUGCAGUUCGACCUCAUCGAGGAGCACACCAGGAACCACACAACCAACCUCUUAUACCACGGCUACGACGAGCUCAAGAAGGCCGUCUGGGCUGACCCAGAGACCGGCGCUUCUCCCUACGUUUGGGACCGUGCUGUAGGCUGGUACUUCGUCGCGCUCGUCGAGGUUCUCCAGGUGUACCCCAAGGAGCUGCCCGGCUACGCCAAGCUGCAGGAAUACUUCACCACCCUUGCCGAGGGCAUCAAGAACGUCCAGGAUGCCGAGGGUGGCUGGUGGCUGCUCAUGGACCCUGAGCUCGAGGGCAAGGCGGGCAACUACAUCGAAUCGAGCGCCACAGCUCUCUUCACAUACGCCUACUUCAAGGGUGUCAGGACCGGUCUGCUCGACUCCCAGUACCUUCCUGUUGCCCACAAGGCUUACGAGCUGAUGGUCGACGACUUCAUCAUCUACGAGAAGAACGGAACUCUGUCGUGGAACGGUACCGUUGAGGUUGGUAGCUUGAAGGGCGAUGCGUCGUACGAGUACUACACUACCGUCCCUCUAAGCCUGAACGACGGCAAGGGUGCGGGUCCUUUCAUGUACGCUGCCUCUGAGUUCGACCUGGCGACCAAGAACGCCACCAACUAA